CCAGGUUCGGUUCGAUCGAACCCACCAUUUCAAGCCCCUGGAUACAAACUAUACCAGAAAGCAUGGGCGCGGACCAAUCAGAAAAUUAUGAAAAUCGUUGAUGAUCUCCAAAAAGGUUUAUUGGAUGACUUGGUAACAUUCAUCAAAACAACAAGGUUUGACUUUAGGACCUCGAUUCGGAAACCGAUUCCGACUGCCGUCUUACUAGGCACGUCAAAGAUACUAAACGCGUCGCUUGCUUCUCGUGUCUCUGGAAUCAAAGAUCCAUUCGGUGGAUCUGAAUGCUUGCCAAUCCAACUCAACAGUCGCUCCUGUCUUACCCUCAGCUCGACGAUCAAAUCUAUCGUCAACCUAUUAGAAAGCCGACUCGAGUUUUUAGCAGACAGCGAUUCUCUUUACACAAAGACCUCUGGUGCAAAUGAUCCUCUGGCAAAAGAUGAUGUACAAAACAUUCGAAUUCUCUACCAGGCACACCGCGACUAUUGCUUCAAAACCUCUUCGUCAUCUGAUUCAGAAUCGACAAUUUGGCCAAAACUAGUUUUCAUAAUUGAUGAAUUUGAAAGCUUUGAUUCCGGUGUAUUGGAAGAUUUGAUCUCAAUUUUCAGUAAUCUGAUGACCACGAUCCCCAUCAUGAUGAUUCUAUCACUUAACACAUCAGCCGAAGCGAUCCAUUCCUUAUUACCAAGAACGACGAUUUUUCGGCUAAAGAUGACCCCAUUUGCGGUUGAUAUGGGUGGGGGUGCCGUAACAUCAUUAAUUCAAAAGAUUGCAUUUGAUCCAGAUAGUGUUUUCGAUCUUUCCUCGGGCGUCGUGAGAUCCUUAAUGGAUGGGUACGAGAGAUUGAAUAAGUCGUUCGACAACUUGAUCUCCAAACUUCAAUUCAUUCAUCUAGCACAUUUCCACACGAACCCACUCUGUGAAUUCCUGGACGGUAUCUCUACUGAAGAAGAGGAAGAAGAAAAAGAGCAAGAUGACAUACAACAACCACCCAAUUUUCAAUAUCUUGCUUUUCAUUUACGACUGACAACCUCCUGGAAGCGGGCCCGUCGAGGACAAACACUACUAGUUAAUGACCAAGAGCUAAUACAUAUCCUUUGGAAAUCAUACCGAAGACGGAAACAGGCUCGAGCAGCUUGUCUGAUGGCUCUCGAAGCUUUAGAAAGAAUCGGUCGGCUGUGGCCGGAAAAGGAGAGAACACCCGAAUGGAUUCUAUACAACGUUUAUCGUCCCGAGUUAUUUGAUUAUUCGAUUGAAAUGUGCAAGUUGAUCAAACACAGUAACGAUGAAAUGUUGAUGAAUGUAUUGAAUUCACUCUCUGACAUGGCGACCGAGUUUGAUUGGCUUGAGCCGAGUUUGAUCAGACUUUCUGAGCUGAUGAAUGACCGGGAACUUCGGAAAGCUGGUGCUCGAACGCAUCUGGUUAACACUCAUGAACCUAUGUUGGCUGGGGUCACACUCCUCUCGGCUGAUCGCGAAUUUACGAAGAUGAUAUCUGAUGUUACGGAUUCUUUGAUCCAGUUCUUUCGGAGCAACUUGGGACCUGAUAGCUUACUAGAGCUUCAUGAAGCAUGGACGUUUGAUGAUAAGAUUCUAUUGAAUGAAGUUUUCCAUCCUAGAUAUAUCCACCAACUCAAAUCGGGAUUGGAAUUGAAGAGACAAAGUCUCAACCCCACCUCUCCUCUAAAAGAGAAAGGCAAAAGUCAUAAAAACUCGGAAGAAGAUGAUCAGGAAAAAGACAUGAAUCGAUUGAGGAGGAUGUACGAGUUAUACAUGGAAACGAAUGGGAAGAUAAUCAACUUGAACGAUUGGUUCGGAGCUUUUUAUCAACAAGCAAAUCCGUCUUCUUCGUCUUCUUGUUCAACUAUGGAUUCUCCUAGCAAGAAACAAAACGGCCCAAAUAAAAAGAGGAAGACGCAGUCAAUGGAAACAAAUCAAGAGGUCGAAUUCGAGAAAGUCUUCUUAAAGUCGAUCGGUGAUCUUGGAUUUCUUGGUAUUAUUUCUCAGUGUAGUCGCAAGAAAGAACACGUCACCAAACACUUUUUCGGCUAA